GGGAGUCACGGACUGGGGGUGCUACAACACAUGCGUUAGAAAUAGAUGAUUGUCGAUUCGAUCGAAGAUUUUACUAUCACAGCGCCUCUAGCAGCGUUCGUCUCAAUCAUAUUUGUUUAUGUCGGAAUAACGGGAUCCGGCGAUCCAUUCGUAAUCGUCACGCUCAUUCUUUUGAUGGAUCUGGCGUUAAUUUUUUAUUAAUAAUCAGCUGAAAUGGAGACGAGCACUAAUGGGAUCAGAAACAAACUGCCAUCAAAUGACAGCCUAGAUGAAGACACACUGAGUGAUGAUGUGGAUGAUGAAGUCUUCAUCAAAUCUGCCAGGAAUGGCUUUCGGAAUUCCAACAAAGACAAAACCCUUCAAAAACCUCUCAUGGCACCCAGAAAGAAAACGGAAAGAGAAAAGAAAUUGGGAGCUCAAAAUGGUCGCUCAAAUGGUGUUCAUCUGAUGGAAAUUCACACUGCUUCGCCAAAAGGGUCUCCCUUUCUUAUCACUAUUUUGUAUGUGACCAUUGCUUUGGGAGCUGUAACAGGACUAACAGGGUUGGUGAUCUUUCUGGCUAAAUCGCACUUGUCCAAUUUCGUUCAAAGGGUAAGCAUUUGGAAGCCAACCAAGAGUGGAGUUCCGUUUGCAGAGCCUUGUGACAGCUUUGUGGAAGAAGCAGUUUGGGAAGUGAACAUACCCCAUGCCAUAUCGCAGGGCCAGAAGGUCCUCACAUCUGUCGACAUCAACAAAGACUCUAUUGAAGACAUCAUCAUUGGUUUCGACUCAGGUUUGAAUGGAGUGACGCCAUUGACGUCGUUUCUAUGCCGAUUGUAUUUCAACACUUCGUCCACCGUUUGCGACGGAGGAUUGGUGGCCGUCAACGGCAGCAAUGGCGCAAUUUUGUGGACGACUUGGCUCGACGACGCCGUCUACGCCGUCAAUUGUCUGGCCGAUCUCGACCUGGACGGCAUUAUCGAUUGCACAGUCACCGGCAAAUCGAGGGCGCUGUGGGCCGUGAGCUCCAAAGAUGGCAAACAACUCUGGGGAAUAGCCACCGACAAGCUGCAGCUUCCCUGUCUGGCCGAGUCGAAUUUCCGCUCGGCCCAGAUCGUCGAAGACGUCAGCGGGGAUAAAGUUGCCGACGUCGUCGUCGGCAUUAGAGGAUCGCAAGUCAAAUGCCCUGAUUACAUUGCCAUAGUCAACGGCUACACGGGCAACGUGUUGCAGCUGACGGGCAUUCCCGAUCAAGGCUCACUGUCUCUCGGUCCGCUGCUGAAGGGCUCGGGGGACGGAUCGACUCUCGUCCUCUAUUCCACCAAGGGCACCAACGGGAGUCUUUUUAUGGCUUCCCUCAAAGACAUCGCCUCCGGUCGCAAAGAUCUGGUCCGCACCGUGUUGAGCAACGUCAGCCGGAUCGACGAGAUAGUCGUCAGCGACAUCACGUCCGACGGGAUGGAGGAUUUUAUUGUCACGAUGGAUAACGGCACGGCGGGCGGCAAGGACGUGGUGGCCUUGAACGGAAAUGGCUUUCAUUGUCUCUGGAUUCAUACAGUCUCAGCUGGGACAACCCUCAAGAUUCAAGCGCUGGCCAAUCUGAAUGAAGACGAGCUGCCAGAUGUGGCCAUCCAGAUGACUCUGACGUCCGGCUCGGCCAAUACGACUUGGAUUCGGGUACUUGACGGGAGCAACGGCAAAGUGGUAAUGAACCUGCCGGCACGUCUGAGACGCUGGGACGUGCACGGCGAGUCGCUGGCCGUCGAGGGAACGGCUGCCGAUGUGAUUUUGGAUUGGAUCGGCGACGAUGAAGACGAAACGGCUCAAAUCCAAAUCAAUCGACUGAUGGGCUUCUCCUCUCAGGGUGAAUUGCCGGCCUUGGUCGUCUACUCGACGCCAGGAGCGACACCGUCGAAAACGACGGGCUACGCCGCCGAGUCUUCCCUUCGUGACAUUCUGGACGUCGUUUCCCAGGAUGACGAUUUGCGCGCCAAAUUCAGCAAUUACAUCCAGCACACGGAAUCGGAACGGAGUUCGGACGCCAUUCGGGUGACGGAAGAAAUGGAACCCAACGUUAUCGUCUAUCCGGCCCAGCACGGCAUCCGCAAACACGGUCGCUGGAACAGCCGCCCACGUCAUGAAGAAGGAUUCCAAGCGCCAGUUCCAGCGUCUUACGACUACGAUCCGCCCACGGUUGCCGAUUUAAUGCCUCCGCCGGAUCCUGUUGUUGCCGUGCCCGUCGGUAUCGAGUCACGCUACCGCAAAACGGGCCAACGACCGGCCACCGCCACCUGGAAGGAUCAGCAAGACCUGGAAGAGGAUAGCGCUUAUGUUUCCAGUGGCAACAGCAACGACUACGUCGAUACCGCCGGCAGCAGCAGUUCCGCCGAUGCGGAUUACGACUUGGCCAGCCGAGACUACAGCCGUUACCGACAGAGACCGUCGAGACCGCAACCAUGGCGUCCGGAACGGAACGGAGGACGUCGCGGUAAGCGAAUCCGGCGUCAAGGAUCAUCGACUCCAUCCAACAGCCAACCAACGGAAUCCAUUGGUUUCCCCCCUCUGGUCGUCAGUGCCGGAAGCAGCGGCUACACGGAUUUGGUUUUCGGCGUCCAAUGGAGUUGGACAGAGUCUGGUGAAAGGGUCGAACAGCUGCAAGGACUUGCCGAUUGCGUCAGCCGACGUCUCGAUCAAGGGCGGGAAUUAAAUGAUGACGUCGUAGUCGACUACGCCAGCGAAUGUGCCGCUGCCCAGUCGUUGGCAGGAUCGUCUCCCGUUUCAGCCGAUGAGCCGAAAUCGACUGGCGACAUCAAGUUGGUGGCCUCGGCCGUGGGUGAGUGGCUGCGACCGUUGGCGCGUCGCCGCCACGGCUGGGUCGCCCUCAAGAGAGUCCGUCUCGAAUGCAGUUGCCACUCGGCGGGAUCGAAAGGAUCGCCGUCGUCUCCCAAGAGUGGGCCCAUCAUCAAACCCUGCGCCAACUUACGGCCGCCCUCCCAGCGACGCAAAGUCGAUUUCCAUUACUAUCAUUGAAUAUUAUUUUUAUCUCUGUCCGUCUUCUUUUUUCUCAUUUUUAUCCUGGCCGUCUAUUUAAUAUUAUUAUAUUUAUUUAUAAAUAUUAUUUAGCCAAAACACAUACAGACGCAUCUGAAACUACAUUUCAUCCAGCAACUCAA